AUGCCAUCACAGGAGGGGGUAGUUGCGGCAUUUUUGGUGACAAACAAAGAACAAAGAGGGGAAUCGUGGACAUAUGAGCCCCGCUUUCCAGUCUCACAGGGGUCGAUAUUAGGCCAGAGUCUAUUUCAUGCUGGAAACCUGCCAGUCAUCAAUAAUAUCAAAAUAUCUUAUAGAAGGCCCCCCUUCCUUGUCCCAUCCAAAAGAUUUAUCUCAAAAACCAUUCUCUUUUCUUGCUUUGACUUCCUUUCGAAUAAACGCUCAAAUCUAGCUCAGGCUUCAACGAGUAGAAAAAUGAAGUACAUCUCAAACUGGCAUCCUGUUCACAGGGUGCCCAUCGUUGAUGGAAAAUUCCAAAAUCCCACUACCGGUAUCAUUGAAGAAAUUACCGACAAGAACUUUGUGAUCUGUGGUCCUCCAUUCAUCAAAGCUACAUGGAUGAAUCUGAAACCUGGCUCCGGAUUUCGCAUUACAUGCACCGACUUCCCACCCCCGAUCGAAGAUGUUUUCGUGGCUAUUGCGGAGCAUGUAAAGGCAAAGGCAUACGAAAUCGAAAACAUCAGUGCAACCAAGUAUGAGAUGACAGUGGUCUGUUCGAGCGAUCUGACUGAGGAGAUGAUGCAUGAGGUGGUGAUGCGGAUGAAACGGGAAUUGUGGAAGGAUGUGUACAUUCCCCCGGAGGAGAUUGCGGCUUUCGAGGCGUUUGUGGAGGAGGAACGGAAGAAGGAGAACCCUCGGUUCUGA